AUGUCUCGAAGAACCCUCAAUCGCCCAGGUGCUUCCUCGAACUCUGCCAUAGCAUUACCCGAGUACGAGCCGCCAGUAUGUUCUCUCACAGAUGCUGCCCGCCGCAGUCUGAACGACCUUUCAAACACCCGCCCAACUGCCGUCUACCAACAACAAAUCAACGAGUCAAUCCGACUUCUCGGCUUCAGCGUCAGCGAUAUACAUGAGCGCUUGCGGACGCAACGUGAAGCCCUCGCGGCCCAGAAGGCAAGGAGAGAAGAGAAAGGGGCCGAGAAAUCCGAAGAAGAACAGCGUCUUGAAGAUCAUCUUGUCGAAUUCGAGGAGCGCGUCAAGAUCCUGACCGAGUCGUCCGAGAAAGCGGUUCGCGAUUUGAUCGAUCGAAGGGCAGAGUUGGAAGACGAAGAUGGCAUAUUGCGGGGCGUGUUCGAGGCGGCUUCCGCGGAGGCUCAGGAACAAAGACAAAAGGCAGAGGCGCAAGAAGACAGAGAGGAAGAAGACAGAGAAGAGCUCGCGGCGUCCAGUGUCAUCAAACACCACAAGGAUCUGCACGCCAAGCAGGAGUCGGACUAUAAGAGCAUGUCCGCCCUUCAGCGGUACGCACGUAACAACGACUACGCUGGUUUCAAGAAGCUCUGGCACGAUGCCAUGGCCGGCGAGGAAGGUCCUCCGCUACCAGAUGCAUCGCGAUGGUUUACCCAGGAUGGUGAACCUGUUAUGUCUGGAACUGCACCAGCAACCGGUGCCGGCGACGAUGAUGACGACGAUGAUAUUGCUGUCGCCCGCGAGGUCAUUAGUAUCAACUGUCCUCUGACACUACAACCCUUGAAAGUUCCCUUCACCAACCGGAACUGUAAACACACCUUUGAGAAGUCCGCUCUGCUCGAGUAUCUACCCAUGCGAGGAGAAUCACAGUGUCCACAGGCAGGCUGCUCACAGAGUUUCUCCCGUGCACGAUUUGACCAAGAUUUCUUCCACGAUCAAGCUAUGGUGCGCCGCAUUAAGCGUGUCCGCCAGGCACAGGAGCAACAAGAGAUGGACGAGGACGACGAUGAGGCCGAUGGUGAUGACGAUGUAAGGGUUAGAGGCCAGAAAGUCGUCCCCGGGAGAGCGCUUAAGAGGGAAAGAAGGGAAUCAUGA